GCUCGGUUUCCUGUAUGAAUGCUAAAUGCAAACCACGUGGUGUGAAAGCAGACUGCAGCUUCUUUUGUUCAAAUCAAUCAAACCGGAGACGGACAGAGAGCUGCUGAAUCAGGAAAUCACCGUUAGAACUGCAAAAAGAUGCCCCGUAAGAAGGUGACCGACGUAUCAGGGAACGGAGGGAUGAAGAGGAAGAGGGCGACGGGGAAGAGGAAAGACAGAGACUUCAGCAGUGACGACGAGUUCGACUUUGAGCAGGAGAACAACAAGAAACCCGGCAAGCCUGCAGCCAAGUCCGGGCUCCAGCCUGUCACUGUGGCGGACGAUGUCAAGGAGAAAAUAAAACUGGAGCUACCAAAGGUCAGAGGUCAACUUCUCAUCUUUGGGGCAACCAACUGGGAUUUGAUUGGAAGAAAGGAGGUUCCCAAGCAACAAGCUGCUUUCCGUAACCUGGGCCAGAACCUGUGGGGUCCUCACCGGUACGGUUGCCUGAACGACGUCCAGGUCAGCUGUGUGGUGUCGGGCCCCUGUGCUGCUCACAGCCUCCUCCUGACCACUGAGGGCAAGCUCUGGAGCUGGGGUCGUAAUGACAAAGGUCAGCUCGGCCACGGGGACACCAAACGUUUGGAGGCUCCAAAGCUGAUCGAGGGCCUGGCCGAUCAGGUGAUCGUUUCUGCAGCCUGCGGACGCAAUCAUACCAUGGCACUUACAGAGGACGGCACCGUUUAUUCCUUCGGUGAAAACAAACUGGGUCAGCUCGGCCAAGGCAGUCAGACUGAUGCAGUCCUCAGCCCGGCACCGAUUUCCUACAAUGGUCAGCCUCUGGUGAAGGUAGCCUGCGGUGCUGAGUUCAGCAUGGUGGUGGACUGCAAAGGAAACCUGUAUUCGUUCGGCUGCCCUGAGUAUGGGCAGUUAGGCCACAACAGCGACGGCAAGUUUAUCGCCCGAGCCCAGCGCAUCGAGUUUGACUGCGAGCUCAUCCCCCGACGUGUUGCUAUCUUCAUUGAGAAGUCCAAGGACGGUCAGGUCAUGCCGGUGCCCAACGUGGUGGUGAGGGAUGUGGCCUGUGGAGCCAACCACACGCUGGUGCUGGACUCCCAGAAGCGGGUGUUCAGCUGGGGUUUCGGAGGCUACGGCCGUCUGGGCCACACAGAGCAGAAAGACGAGAUGGUUCCCCGACUCGUCAAGCUGUUUGACUUCCCGGGACGCGGCGCUGCCCAGAUCUACGCCGGCUACCAGUGCUCCUUCGCCCUCAACGAAAUGGGGGGGCUGUUCUUCUGGGGAGUGACCAACACCUCCAGAGAAUCCACCAUGUACCCCAAAGCCGUGCAGGAUCUGUGUGGGUGGAAGAUCCGGAGCCUGGCCUGCGGGAAAAGCAGCAUCAUCAUUGCAGCAGACGAGAGCACAAUCAGCUGGGGGCCGUCGCCCACAUGUGGAGAGCUGGGAUACGGAGACAACAAGCCCAAAUCCUCCACAACUGCUCAGGAAGUUAAAACUCUGGAUGGCGUCUACGUCGAGCAGGUGGUGAUGGGCUACUCCCACUCCUUGGUCAUCGCCAGGCAAGACACUGAGCAGGAACAGGAGAAGCUGAAGAAGCUGCCUGAGUACAACCCCCGUACCAUCUAGGAGGAACCCAGCUGCCUCAGCCAGCUGGCGCUCCUGACCCGGUAACCGGUGGGACAGAGGAGUUUGGGCAGAAAACAUCUCAACUACCAGCAGACUGGCUGCAAGCGAAUUGGGACACUAAAAACCA